AAUGAGGCAUACUCUAAUGUCAGUAUAUUUGAUUCUGUCGGAACAUGGGUCCCCACACUGGAAGCCAGACAUAAGUACGACCUGCUGCAGAUGCCAUCAGAUGAAGAGAGCUAUAGUAAUCUGGAGUUUUUUGAGCAUGACCCAGUUUUCUGGGCUCCAGCUUCAACUACACUUGAUCUCUAUGAGCAACUGUUCAUCAAACGCUAUCGUGAAAUCAACCGCAACCAAAUAUGUAUUGUUGAACAGAUAGGUUCAGGUCAGUUUGGUAUGGUAUCUAGAGGAGAAUGGGUGUAUAGUGGUGAGAGCAUGCAAAUUGCUGUUAAGACGUUGAAGAAACAGGCUGGCGAG